AUGCCUGACUGGCUUGUUUCUCUACUUCAUAAGGGAGGUGAGAUGACGAGUGAUGGGGUAAUCAAUGUCCUUGAGCAGCUUCUUCAACAGAGUAGGUCAACAGAUUAUGCGUACCUUUGUCAUCCUGCUGUCCAACAUGUGUCAAAGCUCAAGAAAGAGGGCGGUUUCUGCGGCUACCGAAAUAUUCAAAUGUUGAUUUCAUACAUUCACGGUGCCGAUGCUCCCGGUAAGGAUCAGUUCCGGGGGCGUCUUCCCACUAUAUUUGAGAUACAAGAAUACAUCGAAAAGGCUUGGGAUAUGGGCAUUAACGCCCAAGGCCGCCUGGAAACGGGAGGUAUCAAGGGCACACGAAAAUAUAUUGGUACUCCGGAGGCGCAGGCACUCUUCGUCAGUCUUCGAAUCCCAUGCACUGCCCAGGGAUUCAAAGACCCCGAACCUGGGAAAUCUGAAGCGAAGUUGAUGAUGGCUGUCGAAAAGUAUUUCACGCAGGGGACAUGCAGUCAGCCCACUCGGGUGACCUGUACGACACUUCCGCCCAUUUACUUCCAGCAUGCUGGCCACUCACUGACAAUCGUCGGCUUCGAGAAACAAAAGAAUGGUUCUUCCAAUCUGCUAGUUUUUGAUCCUAUGUUCCGCGAUCCGCCUGCGCUUGCUCGACUUAUAGGUCAAAAAUUCAAGCACAGAUCUGCGGAUGAAUCUCUGAAACCCUAUCGGCGCGGUUCCAAAUACCUGCGCCGAUAUCGCGAGUUUGAAACUCUUAGGUGGGCGAAGCGGCAAGGAGCAUUUUCCAGAGUUAAGCUAACCUUAUACCCAGGCUUGAUGGGCCGACAUCCAUACCAGAUCAGAAUAGCCGAUGAGCCCCCAGCCAGCUUUAAGUACAUUGAGGAAGCCAAAUGA